AGCCCCUCUCCUUAAAACAACUUGCAAUGGCCACUAAACUCUCCCAUCUUUAUGCAUCCAUCCUCCUCCUUGUUUUUAUUCACCCUUUCACAGCUCAAUCCAGGACUUUGAAGUCCAAUACUUUUGAGUUCCUUCAAAACCUGGAGGGAUGCCAGAAGGGGCAAAAUGUUAAAGGGCUCAAGGAGCUCAAACACCACCUCAAAAAUAUUGGAUACUAUCCAAAAGAUCAUCAGCAUGAUAUCAAGCUUAGCGAUGAUUUUGAUGAGAUCUUCGAAUCUGCGCUCAAAACCUACCAAAAGAAUUACCGUCUCAAGGUUACUGGGAGUCUUGAUUCUGAUACUAUAAAGGAACUUAUGAUUCCUCGAUGUGGAGUUCCUGAUCCCAUCAACCACGUCGAUACAUCAAAACAGGCAGGCAGAACUGAACACGACAGCAAGUCGAGCAAGUUCCACACGGUUUCUCACUACAGCUUCUUUGGUGGAACGCCGAGGUGGCCAUCUUCCAAAUUUCAUCUCACUUACACUUUCAGCUCCAGUGUCCAAGUUAUUGACAUGCAGGAACUGAGGUCUGCAUGCUCACGAGCAUUCCAAAAGUGGGCAGACGUAACCCAGUUUACAUUCCAGGAAGCUUCUGAAGGUUCCCAGGCAGAUAUUGUAAUCGGAUUUCAAAGUGGCGAUCAUGGUGACCGGUACCCUUUCGACGGUCCGGGACGCAUACUAGCCCACGCCUUUGCACCGACAGAUGGGAGGUUCCAUUAUGAUGCGGACGAGAAAUGGAGCACCAACCCAAGCGCAGAUGAAGUGGACCUGGAAUCAGUAGCUGUUCAUGAAAUCGGGCAUCUUCUCGGACUCGAUCACAGCAUGGAUCAAAAUUCCAUUAUGUUCGCAGAAAUUCCACAAGGAACUAUCAAAAGGGAUCUCGGUCAGGAUGAUAUUGCUGGCAUACGUGCUUUGUACUCCAAUUAAUCACGAAGCCCCCGUAAUAUGCUAGUUAACA